UCUUCCGAUUGGCAAAUUAUAUCAAUCACUCACCACACUUCUCUCACCUUUCACCCCAACAACAAAAUUAAAACACUCUUUUUCUAUAAUAACAAAAUGGCCACCAAUUCUCUCCAAUCUCUAAAUUCCAUGCAUCCACUUGGCCGUCGCCAAUCACUAGAAUCACAAUCACCACCACCACAAACACAAACACAACAACCACCAUUAUUUCUCACAAAACCAAACACCACAAAACUCUCCAUUUCAUCGUCACAAAAAACAUUUUCGAUUUCAUCAUCUUCUUCUUCUUCAUCAAUCUCAACUUCAAUUUCAACACAAUCCUCAUCCAAAUCAUCGACCUCAUUCGACCUUUUGCACCGUCUACUCUCGGCAAAUGACUUCCGAGAAGCGGACAAUGAAACCCGCCGGCUACUCAUAGCGUUAGCCGGCGAAGCCGCAGUGAAACGAGGUUAUGUUUUUUUCUCAGAAGUCCAAUUUAUUUCCGAAACAGACUUGAAGCAGAUUGAUGAACUUUGGACAAAAUUUAGUAACAAUAAAUUUGGAUACAGUGUCCAAAAGAAAUUAUUUGACAAAUCAGACAAUGAUUUCACAAGGUUUUUUAUUAAAGUUGGUUGGAUGAAGAAACUUGAUACUGAAGUUGUGCAAUAUAAUUAUAGAGCAUUUCCUGAUGAAUUUAUUUGGGAAUUGAAUGAGGAAACACCUGAAGGACAUUUGCCAUUGACUAAUGCAUUAAGAGGGACACAAUUGUUAAGUUGUAUAUUUAGUCAUCCUGCAUUUGCUAAUCAAGAUGAUGAAGUAAAAGAAGAAGAUAAAGAUGUUGUUGAAGAAAAGGAAAGUAAAAAACAGACAGUUGGCAAAGGAUUGUUUAAGACAAAUUAUAGUUUUUAAUGAUUAUUUUUUGGUUUUAUAUUUGUCACGUGUAUUGUUCCUACUCCACAAUAGAUUUUUGUCCUCAUAUUGGUGAUGGACAAUUGGUCACUGACACACAUUUAUAUUUUACUAUAUAGUUAUGCUCUAUUUUUUGUAUUUCUAUCUCUCAUCAAUUACUAUUAAAAUUUGUAGCUUGUUAA